AUGGCCGGUAGGCCUCCCGGAUCGCAUCCAGCAGAAGGUCAUGAUGACCUGCUUCUGGACUCGGGUCCAUCAUAUAGCUCCGGCCAACCUCCGCCGGUAAAUGAUGAGCAUCUCCUAGAACAUUUCAACAUCAACGAUUCCGACCAACCCCAUACGGAGCCGCCUCGCCCUUCCGUAUCCUACGACAGCUUUGUCGGCAGUCGGUCGCCACAAACAGGCGCUCAUCAUAAUGCAGCUCCCGGUCCGGCGCAUCCCGCCGGUACAGGCGUUUACAUGAAUGACCCCUACUCCGACGACCCCAUGACCCGCACAUACUCCCAGACCUCUGGAUUGAACAAUUAUCAACGAUACUCCUUUGACGAACUUGAAGAUUCCCAUUCAGGCUACUAUGACCUCGAUGCGGAUGAGGACCGGCUAUCCGGCGCGCAUCCUGUGCGGAAGGCGAAUGAACGGAAUAGCAUUAUGGGUCUUGGAGGUGGAAUCGUGGGCAAGGCAAAAUACAUGUUUGGAAUGGCGCCUCAGUAUUCUGAGAUGGACCUUCCAUUAACAGAAGCUGGAGCGAGAAGUGCUACAAUAGACAGUUCCACCGACAGAUCAUCUGCGCCCAAACAAAAAAAGAGCUUCAACGCGAAAUCGAUAUUCGGACGACGGAAGGUCGACCCCGCAACCCUGGGCCCUCGCAUGAUUCAGCUCAACAACCCCCCUGCCAACGCUUCGCACAGGUUCGUAAGCAACCACGUUUCAACCGCAAAAUACAACAUCUUCACUUUUAUCCCCAAAUUCCUCUUCGAGCAAUUCUCCAAAUACGCCAACCUUUUCUUCUUGCUCACCGCUGUCCUCCAACAAAUUCCCAAUGUUUCCCCGACAAGCAGAUACACCACCAUCGUUCCGCUGGCCAUCGUGUUACUGGUAUCCGCUAUAAAGGAGUUAGUCGAAGACUAUAAGCGCCGAAUGUCCGAUCGAGGAUUAAAUUUCUCAAAGACGCAGGUACUUCGCGGCUCCUCGUUCCAUGAGGCCAAGUGGGUCGAUGUUGUGGUUGGUGACAUAGUCCGUGUUGAGUCAGAACAACCAUUCCCGGCUGAUUUAGUCCUCUUGGCCUCGUCUGAGCCGGAGGGUCUAUGUUACAUUGAAACUGCCAACUUGGAUGGCGAGACGAACCUGAAGAUCAAGCAAGCCAUUCCCGAGACUGCGAACCUUGUUAGCCCCAGCGAUUUGAGUCGACUUGGUGGACGUGUUCGAUCCGAACAGCCAAACAGCAGUUUGUACACCUACGAAGCUACAUUGACCAUGAGUGCGGGCGGUGGCGAAAAGGAAUUGUCUCUUGCUCCUGAUCAGCUUCUUCUUCGUGGUGCUACUCUGCGCAAUACUCCCUGGAUUCAUGGUAUUGUUGUUUUCACCGGUCACGAGACUAAGUUGAUGCGAAAUGCGACUGCAACACCCAUCAAGCGUACGGCUGUCGAGCGGAUGGUUAAUAUCCAAAUUCUGAUGCUUGUAGGUAUUCUGGUUGCGCUUAGUGUUGUUAGUUCAGUUGGUGAUUUGGUCAUUCGCAAAACAAAGGCCAAAUCGCUCGCUUACCUGGAUUACGGAGACGUCAACCUAGUCAAACAGUUCUUCAUGGAUAUCUUUACCUACUGGGUGCUUUAUUCUAACUUGGUUCCUAUCUCCCUCUUUGUCACCAUUGAAAUCGUCAAAUAUUUCCAAGCCUAUCUCAUCAAUUCCGACCUUGAUAUUUACCACGUGGAGACCGAUACUGCAGCAACAUGUCGUACAUCCUCUUUAGUCGAAGAGCUUGGUCAGAUCGAAUAUAUCUUCUCUGAUAAGACGGGAACCUUGACCUGCAAUCAGAUGGAGUUCAAACAAUGCACUAUUGCUGGUAUCCAGUAUGGAGACGAUGUUCCGGAAGACCGACGCGUUACUUCGGAGGAGGACGCAGAGUACGGUAUUUACGAUUUCAAGACCCUUCGCCAAAACAUUCAGUCGCAUCCAAGUCAGAAAGCUAUCCAAGAAUUCCUUACACUCUUGGCUACUUGUCAUACCGUCAUUCCAGAACGCACCGGAAGUGAUCCUAAUGACAUCAAAUACCAGGCAGCCUCACCCGACGAGGGAGCCUUGGUAGAUGGAGCUGCAACUCUAGGCUACAGAUUCACCAAUCGACGACCUAGGUCUGUUAUUUUCGAAGCUGGUGGCCAGGAAUUCGAGUACGAGCUUUUGGCCGUGUGCGAAUUCAACUCAACCCGAAAGCGAAUGUCGACUAUUUUCCGUUGUCCAGAUGGCAAGGUUCGGAUUUACUGCAAGGGUGCUGACACUGUCAUUCUUGAGCGACUUCAUGCGGACAACCCGACCGUGGAAACAACCCUCCAGCAUCUGGAGGAGUAUGCUUCUGAUGGUCUCCGUACUCUUUGUCUAGCUAUGCGUGAGGUCCCCGAGGCUGAGUUCCAACAAUGGUGGCAGAUCUUUGACAAGGCCAAUACCACUGUUGGUGGAAAUCGUGCCGAUGAACUGGACAAGGCAGCUGAGCUGAUUGAAAGGGACUUCUAUCUCCUUGGUGCUACUGCCAUUGAGGAUCGCUUGCAGGACGGCGUACCUGAUACCAUUCAUACCCUUCAGACUGCCGGAAUCAAGAUCUGGGUCUUGACUGGUGACCGACAAGAGACUGCAAUUAACAUUGGCAUGUCUUGUAAGCUCAUUUCUGAAGAUAUGACGCUUCUGAUCAUCAAUGAAGAGAAUGCCGAAGCUACGCGAGCCAAUUUACAAUCGAAACUGGACGCAGUUAAAAGUCAAGCGAGCUCUGGUGAUAUUGAGACCCUCGCUUUGGUCAUUGACGGAAAGUCCUUGACUUUCGCUUUGGAGAAGAACAUGGAGAAGUUGUUCUUGGACCUUGCCGUGAUGUGCAAGGCUGUGGUUUGCUGCCGUGUGUCUCCCUUGCAAAAAGCCCUGGUCGUCAAACUUGUCAAACGUCACCUCAAGUCCCUACUUCUGGCUAUCGGUGACGGUGCGAACGACGUUUCCAUGAUCCAAGCUGCCCAUGUCGGUGUUGGUAUCAGUGGUAUGGAAGGUCUUCAAGCCGCCCGAUCAGCUGAUGUGGCAAUCGCUCAAUUCAGAUUCCUUCGAAAACUUCUCUUGGUACACGGAUCGUGGAGUUACUCCCGUAUCAGUCGCGUCAUUCUGUACUCGUUCUACAAGAAUAUCACUCUAUACAUGACACAAUUCUGGUACUCGUUCCAAAAUGCCUUCUCAGGAGAGGUUAUCUACGAAUCGUGGACGCUGUCUUACUACAACGUGCUUUUCACCGUUCUCCCUCCGUUUGCCAUGGGUAUCUUUGACCAGUACAUCUCCGCUCGCCUGUUGGAUCGUUACCCUCAACUUUACCAGAUGGGCCAGAAAGGACUUUUCUUCAAGAAACAUAGUUUCUGGGCCUGGGUUCUGAACGGAUUCUUCCACUCACUGCUUCUCUAUAUCGCCUCUGAACUGAUCUUCCUAUGGGAUCUUCCACUGAUGAAUGGCCAAACCGCCGGCCACUGGGUCUGGGGCGAAGCACUAUACACCGCUGUCCUGGGAACCGUGCUUGGAAAGGCAGCUCUAAUCUCCAACAUCUGGACCAAAUACACCUUCAUCGCUAUUCCCGGAUCCAUGGUCCUGUGGAUCAUCUUCCUUCCAGCUUACGGUUAUGCCGCUCCCGCCCUCGGAUUCUCCCAAGAAUACUACGGCACGAUCCCCGUCCUAUUCAAGUCCCCCAUCUUCUACCUGAUGGCCAUCGCCUUGCCCUGCUUAUGUCUCCUGCGUGAUUUCGCCUGGAAGUAUGCGAAGCGCAUGUACUAUCCCCAGCAUUAUCACCAUGUUCAGGAGAUUCAAAAAUAUAACGUCCAAGACUACCGACCCCGGAUGGAACAAUUCCAGAAGGCUAUUCGAAAAGUCCGCCAGGUGCAACGUAUGCGCAAGCAGCGUGGAUAUGCCUUUUCUCAAGCCGAUGACGGUGGUCAAAUGCGUGUCUUGAAUGCUUACGAUACCACACAGGGUCGUGGACGAUAUGGAGAGAUGGCGAGCUCGAGGCCUCCAGGCUUAUGA